AAGGGCGUGUCCAUGCCUGUCAUGAGCACCGACACUGUCAUUCAAGAAGUUGCUCUGACGGGCCGAGCAGGCUAACAAAGGUGUGGCUUAUCUCCGGCAAUGCAUGAGCAUGCAGCCAGGCAUACCCAUAAAGCGCACAGCCUGGAUCUUCUGUUUCAGAAGCUGUCUACACUCGGACAAUGACACUUGAAGUUCUAUUGUGGAUCUUUACCCUGACUGCCUCGCUGAGUCCCUCAGUGAGUCGAGGUCCUGAUCUUGACGGGGUGACAGACUAUGAGGUGGUGCGACCCAUUAAACUCCACGCUCUUUAUAGGAGACACGCAGAGUCAUCAAGACCAGAAACGUUAAAGUAUGGCAUGCGGGUGGGAGGCAAAGAUAUCGAGAUGCACCUGGAGAAAAAUAGAGACCUGCUCACCAGUGACUACAGUGAGACUCGCUACCUUGAGGACGGCUCUCAAGUUACAUCCACUCCAAAGGACCUGGAUAACUGUUACUACCAUGGCAGGAUUGUCAACGAUAGUGAGUCCCUGGUCAGCUUGAGCACAUGCGAUGGACUCAGGGGCUACUUCAAGACGUCGGCCCAGAGGUAUUUGAUAGAGCCCCUGUCUGGUGACGACGCCGGGGACCACGCCGUGCUCAACUACGAGGACCAGAGCUCCACGCCGAUGACAUGUGGCGUCACCAACACAAGCUGGGACAGCAACUAUCCCCCUACCACCAGCAAAAGCCGCUCCCGCGCCGCAGGAGCGUCACUGUUCCAGCAGCAGAAGUAUGUGGAGCUGUACCUCGCGUUGGAUAACCGUGUGUACGAAAGCAUGAACAGAAGUCUCUCAGACAUACGGCAGAGGAUGUAUGAAAUCGUUAAUAUGGUCAACGCGGUGUACAAGCCUCUGAACACCUUUGUCGCCCUUACCGGGAUGGAGGUGUGGUCUAACGGGGAUCAGAUUUUGAUCACCGCUCCCCCGCGCCCCACCCUGGACGCCUUCACCAAGUGGAGGAACGAAGACCUGGUUGCCAGGAAGAAACACGACAACGCCUAUCUCAUCAGUGGUAUUGAAUUUAAAGGAGUACUUGGCCUGGCCUUCAUUGGGACGGUCUGCGCCCCUAACUCAACGGGGUUGGUGAAGGACCACCGCCGCAAGCCUAUUGCAAUGGCAAACAUCUUGGCCCACGAGAUGGGCCACAACCUGGGGAUAAACCACGACCUCCGUGGCUGUACCUGCACUGGAAAAACCUGUGUAAUGUCUGGAGCACACAGCCCUUACAUACAGCAAUCGUUCAGCGACUGUAGCAGAGGGCACUUUGAAAAAUUUCUGAAUACUAGGAACUCCGACUGCUUGCUGGACAAGCCCAGGUUUGAGGCCCUGGUCACUCCCCCGGUGUGCGGGAACGGCUUCCUGGAGAACGAUGAGCAGUGUGACUGUGGCUCCCUGGAGGAGUGCACCAACCCGUGCUGCAACGCCACCACCUGUACCCUCACCCAGGGCUCCCAGUGUGCAGCGGGAGAGUGCUGUGAGAGCUGUAAGAUCCUCCCCCCAUCCAGGGUGUGUCGUCGGAAGCAGGACGACUGUGACCUGGCGGAGCACUGCAGCGGGACGUCCCAGGACUGCCCCGAGGAUGUCUUCUCCGUCAACGGCGUCCCCUGUGAGGGAGACAGUGGCUACUGCUUAGACGGACAGUGUCCACGGAAGGAGGCCCAGUGCAAGAUGUACGGACCAUCGGCGGAGGUGGCUCGCCAGUACUGCUACGACCAGAACACCCGUGGUCUGUACUAUGCCUUCUGUAAACGACCCAGCCCAGACACGUAUAUCCCCUGCCAGCGACAGGACGUGAUGUGUGGGAAACUGUUCUGCGCCAACGGAAACAAUGACCCUAACUACGGCCGCAUGGUGAAGUUCUCUGAUUGCCAAGCAACGUUUUACGGUGACCAUAACAACGACCUUGGCCAGGUGGAUACUGGGAGCAAGUGCGGUGAUGGAAAUGUGUGCAACCAGAACGAGUGUGUGGAUCUCCACACAGCGUACAGAAACACUAACUGUUCAGCACGCUGCCAAGGCCACGCAGUGUGUAACCACAAGAAUCAGUGCCAGUGUGAGCCUGGCUGGGUUCCUCCUAACUGUGACCAGAAGGAUGGAGACUUCAACACCCUGUCCAACGAGGCCAGAACUGCUAUAGCAGUGACCAUCUCCCUGCUGGUCCUGGUUGCUGUGAUCGUGGGCGCCAUCCUCUUCUGGAAGAAACGACAGAGUCCUGGUCUACCCAGCGUCCAUCCGCGAAAACCACAUGCGGUGGACAACCCUAGUUUCUUCCACACCAAAGCAACCGUCCCCAACACACCCAAAUCAAAGUCCCAGCCGCCAAGGCCCACGAGAACUCCUCCUCCGCCUCCACCUCCCUCAUCGGCGAAGAAACCUCAAGCGCCUGCUCAAAGCUUCAUGGCUGCGCGCCAGGCUUUGAGGCCAACACCUCCACAAAGGGUGUGACUUGACAGUGUCACAGCACCACCCAGACGAGAUGGACGGAGAUGCUCAGUCAGGUCAAACACCUGCAGGAAGAAGCUUAGGAAAGUGUCCAAGUUGAUCCUUACAAAAGAGCUUCAUCAUCAACCUUCUCUGGAAAUAGAAAGGAUGAUGUUUGUGCCAAUGAUGUGCAGAAUGCAGGAUGCAGGAUGCAGAAUGCUGGA